CUCCGGGUUCCGGGCCGCUCCAACGAUGGUUCUAAGGCGGCUGCUGGGCGUCUUGCUGCACAACCCGCAGCUGGUGGAACGCCUGUCCGAGUCGCGGCCUAUCCGGCGUGCGGCGCAGCUCACCGCCUUCGCCCUGCUGCAGGCCCAGCUGCGCGGCCAGGACGCGGCCCGGCGUCUGCGAGGCCUCGCGGCCGGGCCCGCGGGUUCCCUGGGCCGCCGCGCUGCCCGCUUCAGAGACACCUUCACUCGGGAGCUCCGCCGCGGCCUCCGCGAGCGCCCGGGACCACCACCAGGUAGCCAGCGGGGCCCGGGAGCAAACCACUAACCCCGGGCUGGGCCGGGCCGGGCCGAGGCCGCCCCUCUCCCUUCCGGCUGGACACGGGCCUCGGCGCUAAGGAGUCCUCCCCAGCCCCGCGCACGGCUUCUCCUCCUGACACCUGUCGGCCUGCGGAGCUCCACGCAUCAGAGAGCCCAGGCCAGGCGGGCACACCCGGUGAGCCCUGAGAGCGGCAGGGCCAGGGAGUGAAGGGAGCCCCGAAGCCUAACAGAAAUGAAGAUCGGCUGGGCCCCGACCCACCGCCUGCAGAGCCAUGGACCGUGCCGCAGCCCGAAGGAGAGCCUGCCCUCCACGUAGGAGACCAAGACUCCUGGUGGAUGCUGCGGGCUCUGCUUCCAGCGGAGAUCAUGGAUGGAAAGCCAGCCCAGUCGACGCCAAAACCCUCUGAUUAAAUGUGCGAGCUGAGAAA